UUGCCAUGGCCGCGCGCGGACGCGCGGGGCCGAGCGGCGGCGAUGGGGCUGAGGCGGCUCCUGCUGCGCUACUUCCCGCCGGGAAUUAUUUUGGAAUAUGUAGAAGGUGGUGAGUCAAAGACCAGAUCAAUAGAUCUACUUGAUCUUAAACCUGACACAGAUGUCCCAGCCUUAGUAGAAGAAAUUCAGAAAGGAGAACCUCUCAUCACAGCUUCCUGCUUGGAACAUGUCGUACAUCUAGUACAAAGAUUGCAGGACAAGCUAGGGGAAAAACAGAAUCACAAAUUCUCUCUUUUUAAGGUGCUUAGAACACACAUACUGCCUCUGACUAAUGUAGCAUUUAACAAAUCUGGUUCCCGCUUUAUCACUGGAAGCUAUGAUAGAACCUGCAAACUAUGGGAUACAGUGUCAGGAGAAGAGCUACGGUCACUGGAGGGACACAGAAAUGUUGUCUAUGCAAUAGCUUUCAACAACCCCUAUGGUGACAAAAUUGCCACUGGAUCUUUUGAUAAAACCUGCAAACUGUGGAGUACAGAAACAGGAAAAUGUUAUCAUACCUUCAGAGGACAUAGUGCAGAAAUAGUAUGUUUAUCAUUUAAUCCUCAAAGCACACUGUUGGCAACUGGAAGCAUGGAUACCACUGCUAAAUUAUGGGAUCUAGAGAAGGGAGAAGAAGUAGCCACUUUAAGUGGACACUCAGCAGAAAUUAUUGCUCUGUCUUUCAAUACCACUGGAGACAGGAUCAUCACUGGCUCCUUUGACCAUACAGUAGCAGUAUGGGAUGUUGGCACUGGCAGGUUGUUACAUACUUUAAUAGGCCACCGAGGAGAGAUUAGCAGUGCCCAGUUUAACUGGGACUGUUCUCUCAUUGUCACUGGAUCAAUGGACAAAACAUGCAUGCUGUGGAAUGCUGUGACUGGGACGCACAUAGCGACGCUGGCAGGGCACAGGAAGGAGGUGUUGGAUGUGUGCUUUGAUUAUGCUGGGCAGCGCAUUGCAACUGCCUCUGCUGAUGGGUCAGCAAGGGUCUAUAAUGCAGAAACAAAACAGUGCAUUGCAAAGCUAGAAGGGCAUGAAGAUGAAAUUUCAAAGGUGUGUUUCAACCCCAAAGGCAAUUGCAUACUAACAGCCAGUUCUGAUAAAACAGCUCGACUCUGGGAUGCUGCUACUGGACGCUGCCUUCAGAUAUUAGAAGGUCAUGCUGAUGAGAUCUUCUCCUGUGCUUUCAACUACAAAGGUGAUACAAUCAUUACAGGGAGCAAGGAUAACUCCUGUAGAAUCUGGCACUGACUGAAGAAAAGGAAGGAUCCAGUUUGACGUAUGCCUGCCUACUUUGAGUUUCAGAGUCAAUAAACUCUGCCUUUCAGAUGUGUUUUCUUUUAAUCUCUUUGUUGAAGUAGAACAGUUAUCUAGAUUUGAUAGGUUUGAUUUAGAUAUGAAAUCACAGAAUUGCAGAAGUUGGAAGGGACCACUGGAGGUCUUCUAGUACAACAGCCUGCCCUGCUCAGCACCCUGUCAUCCAAACAGGCUGCCCAGGACUGAUGUGGGUUUGAAUAUCUCCAAGGAUGGAGACUCCACAGUUUCUCUACACAACCUGCUUAGUAUUUGAACACUUGCAUAGUAAAGAAAAAAAGUAGGGUUUUUUUCCCCUCUUAUGUUUAAAUGGAAUAGAUUCUUGUAUUUCAAUUUGUGCAUGUUGCCUCUUGACUGAGUAGCACUGAGAAGAAUCUGGUUUGCUGUCUCAGUCACCUGAGAGAAAUCUUGAUUAGUGAGAAUGAAUGCAUAGGAUGGCUCAAUUUCUUUAUGUGUAAUUUUUAACUUGCAAUUGUUUUAAUAAAAAAAAAUAAUAGAGCAGUAUAUUAAUUUCAGUUCUGUAAGGAGUGGUGGUAUGCACUUCCUUUGAGUACUUUGUAUUAUUUUUUUUUUGUGUGUGUAAUAAAAUAUUGAGUUAAAAUGCCAGUUUUUCUUUUUGUAAUACAGUGUCCCAUUCAUAUUUCUGGAGAAAACCAGCAGCCAUUUAUGAGCUGCCUUACUAUUAACUAUUACAUGCAUGCUGUAGUUAAACACCCCUCUCAUACUGACCCACAUCUUCCCAUUCAAUCCAUUCCUUUCUGCUCAGUCUCCUACUUUGAACUGAGGUAAAAAAAAUAUAAUAUCAGUGGUGACUUCAACUUGGAAUCCUGGCCCAAAGAUUAAGUCCAGCAUGAAGAACCUCUGCUUACCAAGGAUUGGAAGCCAAGGAUCCUGACAUAAACUGAGAAGUGGAUGAGAAACUCCUGCAAGUAAUUUACCAGCACACAAUGAGCUUUUAGCUGGGCUUACCUCUCCCAGCAACUGCCAAUAGCUUUCACCUGUGCAGAGCUCACUCCAUGUCCUAAGAGAGCACCUGGAAGGGCAGUUGCUCUUUGCAGGCUUAGUGAAGGAGCAGAACAGACUGGUCUCUUCCAGCAGACUUGGAAGAAGGAUCAAGAGGCAAAGACGGAGAAUAGGAAUGUACAGCAGAGAAUGAACUUUGAGGUGCCCUUGAAGCUCCUUUUGCUCCACAUUUCAGUCAAGACAAAGCAGAAGUGAAACUCAGGCCUAAAUAAGCCUCACUCGGAGUGUCUCUGCUCUGGGGAAUCACAGGAGAACCACAGCAUGAACCUUCAGUAUUUGCACAACAUGGUUCAAGCUCUCGUGGAUAUGGAUGAACCUACUUGGACACCAGGGACCCUUCAUGAAAGAUAAAUGAAGCUGCUCAUGAGAUCCAUGCAGAAUAGCUGAUUUCCCAUGACGGUACAGUAGGAGGCAUUAUUCCCACUUGUUUGAGUUGUGGAUUGCUUUUGAAAAAACCACAAACACAGAACAAUGAAAAAGAACCACUCUUUCCAGCCCAUCAAGAGGGAAUACAGCAGAAUCUAAUGGAAUAUUCAACACAACAGUGUGAAUGCACAGUGAAUGUAUGCAGCUCUCAAAAUCCCUGGAAAACAGCAUAAACAUUUCCUUUGGGCACCUGGACUUCACAGCAAUGGGAUCUUUUCAAAGUACAUGAUCCAAAGAUGUCAUGCUUGCUUCAAACUGCUUGUAGAUGAAACACCAGCUGGAUGAGAAGUUUGAUGAACAGGUGCCCGUGGACAGGAGCUGGAUGACAUGUGAGCUAGAAGAUACAUGGAGGACCUCAGCAGUGCUGUCCUGGUGCACUGAGGAUUCUGCAGCCACAGUAUUGCUGCAGAAUGUCAGGAAGGGACACAGCCCUCAUCAGACUGCCCUCCUCAACUGAAUGAAACAGCUUUUUCAUUUCUCUGACAGCUGAUGAAGAUCCGUCCUGAGGAUGGUUUCACUGUGUACCAAGGAUGAACAGUGGGGACCUGUGGAUAUCUUCUCCUUACCAGGUGUGAAAUGGGUGUUCUGGGUCCAGGAGCCUGGUCAAUAGAGAGAGGCAAUACCCACAAAACUGGUAAAUGCAGUACACGGAGCACCCUGAGCCUUUCCCAGGCAAGGAAAGAAACGACUGCCAUUUCCCAGAGCAGGCACUGGGCUUUGCAGGCCUGCCAGAACUGUCGCAGAGUGGCACCAGCCCAGCAGGGAGCACCCCAGCAGAAGCAUUCAGCCAUGCCAGCCGGGCAGACGCGUCCGUGUGAGCUCCUGCCCUGCCGCGGGUCAGCACUCGGGAUUCAGCAGCCGAGGGUCGAUAACUCAUACAGGAGCUGGAGCAGAGUGUGCCCCAAAUAAUGCUGCCUUUCCAGCUCUGUGCAGAGGGAGAGAAACAAAGAGAGGAAGGGCAGCGUUUUCCCCGCUGUGCUCCUGCCCAGGCGGGGACGCACGGGCGGUGCCCGCCGCAGCGAGCCCCGGCUCCAUCGGGCGGCACCGCCGGCUGCUCCGGCAUCAGCCCGAGCUUUGAGCUACGUGGGCAUUCUUCUGUCAGGCUCCCACCCCGCGCACCUGAGCAGUUCCUGCCUCAGAAUCACCACAUUCUACAGAUUCCUGGUCUCCUGUGCCACUGCAUGGCCACACGCAGAAAUGCAGGUCUGGGAAGGAGCUUUUGUGCUCUUUCCCUGCGAUAACAACAAGGAGAAAAAUAAAUAAAAUUAAGGAGGCUGUAACAGUGACAGCAAAAUGAUGAGCAGACACCACUUGGAAUUAUAAAAAUUCCUAAACACACACAUAGACACGUGCUCAUGUGUAGGUUUUCCCAUUAUAAUUUUUGUUGUAUUAUAUGUUCUUGUUUGGGGAAAACCGCCUUUUAAUAACCACUCUUUCACAAGAAGAAGUAACUUUAGUUCCUGAUCAUUAGUGAAACAUUUAUUUUCUUUAUUGUUAUGUCUGGACAGAUGGCAGUCAUUCCUAAAUAUGUCUUUAUAGGACUAAAAAUAAUAUUUUAAAAAUAAUGUUAGCUGAAAAUAAUGCUAGGUAAAGCAGUAUCAUGUACUGUUAUAUUCUAAUUCCCCAGAAAACAGAUGCCAGCAGCUGCAGCACAGUAGCUGAAGCGCAGCAUUUCUCCUUGUGUUAACCUAGACAUUGCAAGGGGGCAGCCAUCCACAAAAGAUGCUUCCCUCCAAUUAUUGUACUUAUCUAGGAAAUAAUCUGAAAAGGGCCAUCUGACAGGUAGGAUGCCAUCUUUCUAUUGCUAAGCAACCCCUGAUAUCUCAUUUCAGGUGGAGUGAUCAGCUUCCUGAAGAGCAGACAGCUGAAUUUAAAGAAGCCUUUUUUCUUCUAUAUUUCUUUUAUUCUCUCUCUCUCUCGUUUUUCUUUUUCAUUUUUUUUAACUACCCAAAACAACUACUGAUGGUCCUAUAAUGACAAAAAAUAGGACUGGGAAGAGCUUACUAGGCAAAAGACAAGCAAAAUAUGAGCUGCAGACUGCAGUCAAUAUGACAAUGUUGAUAAUGAUGGCACAAAUGACCUCCCACUGUAGCUGACAGUGAUGGUAAAGAAAAUUAAAUGCACCACUCUAAGCAGAAAAUGUGGAUUGGAGAGAAAAAGUGAGAGAAAAGUGGGAGGCAGACUAUAUCUUCUUUACAUCAUGCCUUUCUAUUCCUUUUCUUACAUUUGGUUUUACUUUCUCUCUUUCUUCUAGCCCUUAUCUGGCAACAAUUCAGCAGCAUAUGUGUUGUGAUUCAACAUGUACUUUACCUGCUUUUGUUGCUUGCUAAGAUAAGGCCCUUAGUGCUACCUUCUUGCUGGUUCCUUGUUUUCCUUUCUCCUUGUCUCUGGGGUCACAGGUGCUCUUCCAACAGCUCUCGCUUAACUAAGCAGGUAUAUUUUAAAUUGACAGUGUAUCUCUAGUGGUGUCUUGAAACCAAUUGUUUACACAGUGGUACUUUUCAGUAUGACAAAUGUACCUACAGCGCUCUGUCUCAUGUUGGCUGUUUUCUCCUUGAACCUUUGUGUUACAGCAUGCAGAAAGCAGUUUCUUGUGGAUGCAGGGGUUGCCUUAUUCUUUUUUUUCCUGACCAGAGAACUAUGAUGCCCACACUGAUUUCCAGUCGAUGCAGAUCGCAAAGGACUCAGUCAAAAUUUUCUCCAAACAGGUCCAGAUCUUAGAUCAAGUUCCCCCACCAGAGAAUAGAGGGCAUAGCACAAGAUCUUCCUUUUCCUGCUUGCCCUCUGCCUUCUCUGUCUGGAUACUACAAGGUCAAUCCAUAAUCAAGAAGCUCAGUUUAACCUCUUGAACUCAGUGACCACUCAGCAGACAUCAUGCUAUAAAUAAGGAUAUUCUUUCCCACUUUCCCAGCCUCAAGCACAUACUGAAGAUACAACCUAAUUCAAACAUGCUAGUGCUUAAUUUAAUCCAUUGUCUCACAUUUAUCAGUAGCAAUACAGAAAUUUUCAGAUGCCCAUACAGAUGUUGAGCAGAAAUGAUUUUACUGAACAAAGUCAGAGCUGGAAUGAAAAAAUGCUCACACAGGAUGUAUUUGCAGUUAUCUUUCCAGUUGCAAUGAGUGUAGAUGCUAAAAAAGCUAGCAGAGAAAUUUUUCCAGUUUUUCCAGCCUCCUGCGAAAGUCUCCGUUCUCAUGCAAACUAGCUGAGAAAUGGUUUGCUAUUUUGUAAACUAUUUUGCAGGUACAGGUUGUUGUGGAAUACUGUGGAUAUUGUUUUGGUUCAUUAAGAAUAGUAUUUUGAGAAUGGUAACUAUUCCUUUCAGCCAGUCACUUUGAUGGCUGGUUGACCGAUGGGCCAAUCAUGUCAUUUUUCUAUUGCGAACCAAGUUAUAUAAAUGAGUUUGUAAUUAAUUAAAUAAUCACAUUUGAUCCUGGACUUGAA